AUGUCAUCAUCAGUAUCGGAUAAACAAAAUACCCCAAAAAGGUUCCUCAUUUGGUUUAAAAAUUUUUGUAUUGCACAAUGGUUUUUCAUAACAUUAGCUAUAUUUAUUGUUAUUGCAAGAUUUGCUCCAAAUUUCGCAAGACAUGGUGGAUUAAUUAGAGCUGAAUAUUCUAUUGGUUAUGGUGCUGUUGCUGUUAUUUUCUUACAAUCUGGGUUAUCAAUGGGUACAAAAGAAUUAAUGAAAAAUAUGGGUCAUUGGAGAGCUCAUUUAACUAUCAUUGUUAUAUCAUUUUUAAUUACUUCAGCUAUAAUGUUUGGUUUGGCAACUGCUAUAAAAUCAGCUAAUGAUCCUCAUAUUGAUAAAUAUGUUCUUUUGGGGUUAUUAGUUACAUGUACAUGUCCAACUACUGUUUCUUCAAAUGUUGUGAUGACUGGUAAUGCAAAUGGUAAUAAAGUUUUAUGUUUAACUGAAGUUAUGAUUGGUAAUAUUCUAGGAGCUUUCAUUUCACCAGCUAUUUUACAAAUGUAUACAUCAGCUUCAGGUUGGGAAUUCGGUAAUCCAGCAUCUGAAACUUCAAUCCAACAUUUAUAUGGAGAAGUUAUGAAACAAUUAGGUUUAUCAGUAUUUGUACCAGUAUUUGUUGGUCAAAUUAUACAAAAUUUAUUCCCCAAACAAACCAAGAAAUUCUUAACAGUAACAAAAUUCAAUAAAGUUGGUAGUUUUUGUUUGAUUUUAGUUAUGUUUUCUUCAUUUUCCACUGCAUUUUAUCAAAAAGCAUUUACAUCAGUUCCAAAAGCUUCAAUUAUAUUCCUUGUUUUCUUUAAUAUUGGUAUUUAUUUAUUAUUUACUUUGAUUUGUUUCAUAAUGGCAAGACCAUAUCCAUUAAAUUUUAUUUUUGGUAAUGAACCAAAUGAAAAUUCAUCAUUUAUAUAUAAAUGGAGUUAUAAGAUUUUUAAACCUUUUUAUUAUAAUAGAGCAGAUACAAUUACCGUGAUGUUUUGUGGUGCUGCUAAAACUGCCGCUCUAGGUGUUUCAUUAGUCUCUUCACAAUAUGGUGAUGAUUAUGAAUACUUGGGGAGAUUAUUAGCAGCUUUAGUUCUUUAUCAAUCAGAACAAGUUAUAACUGCUCAAGUUUUAGUUAAUAUUUUUAAAAAAUGGGAAAAAUUAGAUCAUCCUGAAUUAAUUGCCCAAGGGAAAAAUGAUGAAGAAACUGGUAAAAUUGAUAGUGGUGAUCAAAGUAUAAGUUCUGAUAAUGUGGAAAAUAAUUAUGAUAAUAAUGCAGAAGAUGAAAAGAAAUGA